UUGGCCUCUUCCUUUAUCUCCUUUGUGAGUAGCCAGCUCCCAUCUGAAAGGAAAUCCCAUGCUACCAGAAACAAAGCAAACCAAACCCAAAAUAAUAAAGAAAAAAAAAAAAAAGACCCACUAGGCCAGCAAAGUCAGUGAAUGUUUGAGGGUCACCUACAGAUAUGUACUAGCAGACUAUCAAAAGCAAAUCCAUUCCACCCCCUAAUUAAACUUUUAUAAUACCCUCUCUCCCCACAUGAUCAUGGAUCCUGAAAAUGGGAUCCGCAGCAGCAGGCCUAAUUUCCCCCUUCAAUUACUAGAAAAGAAGCAACACCAACACCCACAGCCACCACCUCCCCCUGAACAUCAACCUUCCUCCUCCUCCUCUAACCCUACCAAGAAACCCCCUCCUAAACGCACCUCCACCAAGGACCGCCACACCAAAGUUGAAGGCCGCGGCCGUCGGAUCCGCAUGCCUGCCACCUGUGCUGCCAGAGUUUUUCAACUCACUCGUGAACUCGGUCACAAAUCCGAUGGUGAAACUAUAGAGUGGUUACUACAGCAAGCUGAACCUGCUGUCAUCGCUGCUACUGGUACUGGUACAAUUCCCGCUAACUUCACUUCCCUUAACAUCUCCCUUCGUAGCUCUGGGUCUUCCAUCUCUGCCUCUCAUCAUUUGAGAAACACUUAUUUCAAUCCCAACUUCGCUGCCCACCAACAGCUACGCACUAGAAAUGAGUGGGAGAAAAACUUAGUCUUCGAAGGAGCAUCCACAGCUUCCCAGCAACAUCGAAGGAUUUUGUUUCCUUUGGAGGAUUCACUAAGCUUUAGUUCCAUUAGUUCAACUAAUAAUGCAGGUGGGACUUUGAAUACCUCUGUUGUUUUGCAAGGUUCACCUGCUAAUAAGCAAGAAGUACGUGGAGGUGGAGACACUUCUUGUCUAGAUGUCGCUGUUGGGGAGACUAGUCUAGGGAGAAAACGGAGGCCGGAGCAUGAAUUAGGCCAUCAGAUGGGGAACUAUUUGUUGCAAUCAACUAGUGCAGGGGCAAUUCCGGCGACUCAUAGUUCUAUUCCGUCAACAUUUUGGAUGGUUUCUAAUCCGAGCAAUAGCCAAGUGAUAAACGGUGACCCCAUGGCUACAUUUCCAUCUUUUAACGCUAGUCCAAAUAUGUAUAGGGGUUCUAUGUCAGGUGGAUUGCAUUUUAUGAAUUUUCCUGCGCCCAUGGCUCUCUUGCAUGGCCAACAAUUGGGUUCAACAAUGAGCGGUGGUGGCAACAGCAGCGGGAAUAAUUUUGUUACUGAAAGUCACUUAGGUAUGCUAGCUGCGCUAAAUACUUAUCGGCCGAUUAUGGGUAGUGGCAGCGCCUCCGAGUCUCUGGCAAGUAGGUCAAAUCCACACCAAGGAGAAGAGGAUGGGCAAGAUACGACUAGCUAAGCAAGCAUAUGUGAGCACAUGAUGCAGCUCCUCUCAGGCUGAGGAAGAAUAAUCAAAGAAAGAAAGAAAGUCUAGUGAGCAAGAAAUAGAGAUGGGUGGCUCUGGCUCUGGCUCUGGCUCUGG